GAUGGUCAGUCGUGAAAGCCACAUCAGUGUGUACAGACGUGUUAACCAGGCUGUCAGUGUGUGACCACACAUCACCGCCGACCUGCUGACACAGGGGAUUCCCAUCUCAGUAUGCCUCACAAGAGCAAAAAAGAAAAGGAGUCCUCCAAAUCUGGAAAAUCUAAAAGAUCUGGAGGUAAAAAUGGGCCUGCAGACGACCAAGAUGGCUCCAAUAAGAAAGUGCCUCCCGCAACUCAGCUGAUGAGGGUGAAGCAGCCAGGGUCACAUUCGGCCAUGAAGAGAGAGAAGAGGUUCAGCACUUCCUCUUUCCCCCUCAGUGCUAACAGAGAGCUACACAAACUACUUGCACUGGCAGCAUUACAGGCAGGAUCUGGCCUAAGUGGUUUCCUGUAAACCAUACCGAGCUAUGCUUUGUUCUCAUACCUGGAUGAGCCGGGUGACACAGCGGAAGAACAAUAGAGGUGCACAGUCCAGAGGAUUUGCAAGUUUGAGGGAGACACGGCCGCAGUUGGCGACGUGUGUGAC